CGAAACUUCAAACCCAACUGGCCCCAACGUCAUCAACCGCUGGCCCUCCUUUUCUCUCCACCAAUGCGCCAAACAACAUCCACCACACCUUAGAGUGUUGCACAAAAGAUACGCCCUUUCGCUAGAUGUGCGAUCGGAACAGCUCAACAUGGCAGGAGCCAGACCCGUUCGCUUGCUGGCCGCGGCCUGCAUGGCUUUCUUCCUCUUCCUCAUGGUCCGCAUAAUGCGCAAUCCGGCCGACAUUCCACCAAAACACGCCGAUGUCAAAGGCUUUGACCGCGACCCCAACCUAGAUCCAACCCACGAACCCCCCGAACCUUUACACCGAGUCAGCGGCAACAACUACGAUGCCGAUAACCCCAACAGCGAUCGCAUCAGCGCCACACUCCUCAGUUUGGUACGGAACAAGGAAUUACAAGAGUUGGUGCAAAGCAUGCAAGAUCUGGAAAAGACGUGGAACCAUAAGUUCAAUUACCCCUGGACCUUCAUCAACGAUGAGCCCUUCACCGAGGAAUUCAAAAAGACCACCCAGGCGCAAACCAAGGCCAAGUGCAAUUACCACCAGAUCCCCAAAGAGCAUUGGCAGAUCCCGAGCUGGAUCAAUCGAGAUCUCAUGCGCGAGUCCAAUGCGUUGUUGAAAGAUCAGAAUGUGCAAUUCGCGGAGAUGGAUUCCUACCACCAAAUGUGUCGAUGGAACAGCGGUUUCUUCUAUCGUCACCCGGCGUUGAAAGACUACAAAUACUACUGGCGAGUGGAGCCGAACGUUCACUUCUUCUGCGACGUGGACUACGACGUUUUCCGGUACAUGCAAGACCACAACAAAACAUACGGCUUCACCAUCACCCUAUACGACUCGCCCAACAGCAUCGCAACGCUUUGGCCAGAGACGCUGAAGUUCAUCACCUCCAACAACCAAUACCUGGCUGACAACAACGCCAUGGGCUUCCUGCAGGACAAGGAGCACCGCCCGGAAUGGAACUACAAAGCCAACGGCUACAGCACAUGCCAUUUCUGGUCCAACUUCGAAAUCGGCGACAUGGACUUCUGGCGAUCGGAAGCGUACGAGGCGUACUUUGAGCACCUUGACCGCGCCGGCGGUUUCUUCUACGAACGCUGGGGCGAUGCGCCUGUCCACACGAUCGCGCUCGGAUUGUUCGAAGAGGCGAGCAAAAUCCACUGGUUCAAGGAUAUCGGGUAUAACCAUAUCCCCUUCUACAAUUGUCCCAAUUCGCAGAAGUGCCAUGGGUGUACUACCGGAAAACACUACGAUGGCGAGCCAUUCCUGCUAAAGGAGGAUUGUCGGCCGGUGUGGUUCAAGCAUGUGGGGAAUGAGUGGCCGACGGGAGGGAAGUAGCGGGUCUACUUUGUUGGGGCGCCAACUGUUGAAGCAUGGCGCAUGGCGUUGUUGGGGCUGUAGAUGUCUAGGCAUUUUGUACGGUACCUGGCAUGAGUGCGAUUGACCUCGUGCGAGACUAAGGCACGGCACAGCGAUGGAUUUCAGACCUUGUCCACAUGAAAACGUAU